AUGUUCCGACAGAAAAUUAGUCAAUUGAGGCAUUUUGGUCCUGUCAUUGUUAUCUUACUCAUCUCAUGGAUUGCAAGCAAUGGAUUCAAUUGUCUCCGGAAGUGGUUUCCAUGGGAUUUACAUAGUCCGUUGAGUGUAAUCAACUUUACGAUAGCUUGCUUUUGGUUUCUACUGGUUUUAUACAACUACUUUCAAUGUAUUUUUCUUGGGCCUGGUUAUGUACCAACCAACUGGCGACCAAAUUUGAUAGAACAUGAAAAAUAUCUUCAAUAUUGUGAAAUCUGCCAAAGUUUCAAAGUACCGCGAGCCCACCAUUGUCGAACGUGUCAACGAUGUGUAUUGAAAUUCGAUCACCAUUGUCCGUGGAUAAAUACAUGUCUUGGGUAUAAAAAUCAUGCUUGUUUCUGCUGGUUUUUGUUAUCAUCUAUUCUUGGUUGUAUUCAUGCUUUAUUAAUGAUUUGUCCAUGUGUUUAUCGGGUGCUCUUCAUGCCGUAUAUGCCAUGGAAAAACGAACCAAGGAUUGAUUUUACAACAAUAAGUUUAAUGUCAUCGAUGCUUUCAAUCGGACUGGCUAUUGGUGUCAUUAUUGCUUUAGGACUUCUGUUGCUGAUUCAAUUGAAGAAUAUUGCAUGCAAUCGAACGACGGUGGAAAAUAGGAUUAUACGGGAAGCAAAUGACCGACAUCGAGAACAAUUUAUUUAUCCAUAUGAUCUUGGCUUUCAAGAAAAUCUUCGUCAAGUGUUCAACUGGAAAGAUUGUUUUCGAUUAGUUGGAGACGGUCUCACAUGGCCUGUACGUUCUGACUGUGAUCAGUAUACAUUAACACGUGAACAACUUGAACAAGAAGUAGAACGUCAACAACAAGCUGUUCGUUACAAAGCCAUCCGAUCGUACGAUGGAUCAUUCUUUCCAUUAAUUUACGGUUUACCUACAUGUAUUCAUAUUCCAUAUUCCAUCGAACCACGUCUUCGAAUUAGUCAGGGUGAUUAUCUACUUGUGACACGUCGGCAGAACUAUUGGUUGUAUGGCAAAUUUCUCAUGGCUAACCAAACGAUGACUGGAUGUCGCGGUUGGUUUCCACGUUGCUGUGUUACACAACAUCUUGGCACGAAGAAGAAGCUAUCAUAA